AAAACUUUUUGUUGAUACAUCAAUGACGCGAAUAUCAGUCAAAAAACUAAUUCACGAAUUAAAGAUUUUGCAAGAAGAAUGAUUUCUGACGUGGAUAUUCCUUCAAUAUUUCUCAGAACUCCAAGUUGCUUCUUUUCAUAGAAUAUUAAUACCGAUAACUCUUUUGGUUACCACCCACCACCCACCACCCGCGAAACACUGAAUACAGGAACAAGAAAAGCCAAGAGAAAAUAACUACCCUUCUAUAUACUAAAGCACCAAAUUUAUUAUUAACAAUAAGACAAUUUACUUUCUCGGAAAUGAUUUUUAUUUUGGCAAUACUGACAUCGCUAUCCGUCUAUUAAAAUAAUGACCGAGUAGAUGUCGACAAAUAAAAUCACCAAGAGCUACGUGUCUUUUCUUACAUUUAAUAUAUUUCUGGCUGCCAAUCAGAAAAGCUUUUUCCCUUCUAUCACCCGCAAAAUGUCGGCUUUGUCUUUCAAUUUCACUGUUCUGAAGUUUUGCGGACUCUGGAGACCCAUAGACUCGCCAGUCUGCUGGAAAACUCGUAUCUACACAGCUUACACUUCGCUGAUAGUCCUCCUGAUUUUCUCCAUGACUAUCAUGGAGUUCAUCGAUCUUGUACAGCACUUUUCCGACGCGGAAGAUUUCACCAGCAGCGCAUUCAUCAUGCUGACGAUGCUCUGCAUUUGUGGAAAAGUUAUCACCGUUUUGGGGUACCGUGAUCGCAUUAUUCAGCUGCUUGAUACUUUGAACAGUGAUUAUUUUGCGGUACACAGUGACCAGGAUAAGGAAACUCGCGAGUACUUCGAUCAGUUAAUCAAAUUUCGAACAAAAAUUUACGCAAGAAUAACACAAGUUGGAAUAGUUAUGAUUGUUGGAGGAUCAAUUGUGACUGAAUUACCUCAGGGAAUACUGCCCUACCAUGCAUGGUAUCCGAUAUAUUUGACAACACGCACAAAAUUGACGAUUGCUUUCGCGCAACAGCACUUUAUCCACAGCAUUGGAGCCAUCAUAAAUAUUUCUUACGACACAUUGAUUCCUGGAAUAAUGCUAGAGAUUUGCGCGCAAUUGGGACUGUUGAAGAACAGGUUCAAAUUAGUCACCAAAUUAGUUGAGGCAAUGCGUUUUGAUAAGGAACAAUCUAAUGAGAAUGUUGUUUUUGUCGAAACAAAAAAUAUUGCUUAUUGUAUUCGCCACCACCUUUUGAUUUAUAAGUUUGUCGAAGAAGUAAACAAAGUUUUUGGGCCACUGAUUUUGAUGCAGUACAUGGCAAGUUCGAUUGUUCUAUGCGCCUGUGUUUUUAGAUUGGCCGGUAUGAGCCUGAGUGACCCGUUAUUUGUUUCUUUUUCAAUGUACAUUGCUGCUAUGGGGUCCCAGAUUUUUAUUUUGUGCUACGCAGGGACGGAUGUUACUGAAGAGUGUUAUAAAUUCAAUAUUGGGAUCUACGAAUCAAAUUGGGACUGCCUGAGUGUAUCAGGCCAAAAAAGUAUGUUAUUCAUGAUGAAGCGCAAUGUAAAGCCCAUUAUGUUCUCAUGCAUAAGCAUCAUAGAAAUUUCCGUCGAUUCCUUCAUCAAACUUAUCAAGCUUUCAUACUCAGCGUUCAAUUUCCUUCAACAGUCAUCCUAGAAAAUUAUCGACCAAUUAUUGACCAUCAAACCAUUGAAGAAUUCACAACUUUAAAAUAGUUUUUACCAUCUAGAAAAAAUAUCAAACUGCAUCAAUCAAUUAACAACAUGAACAAACAACGUUUUUUAUAUAGAGGAGGGGGGGGGGGCAAAAUGGGGUACUUAAGAAAUCGUUAUGAUUUUAAGGACUUAAAUACGCUGAUUUUUCUCGUUUUCAGUCGUAAUUAAAGAAAAAUAAUCAAAUUUCAAGUUGCCGUAGAAAAAAAUUUUUUUUUUUGCGGU